AAGGUGCCGUAUUGACACUUUCUUUUUAUAGCAUUUUAAUCAUGUAUUAUUAAGAAAGUAACUAUUGUUCUGUUCGAGUGCGUGUAUGUUGUUGUUUUUUGCCUCUUGACGGUUGGCACUUUGAUCAGUGCGAUGCCCCAGUCGCGGAACCGUCGACCGUCGAAGACAAGUGAGCAGUCGAGAAAGGCCCCGGCCGACUAUGUGACCAACAAUGUUAGGGAAAAGGAAACGUCUAAAAUACCGAGAAAUAUCCGCUACGAUUUGGAAAAUGCUCUACUAGGGCUUUGUGACGUUUGGUUCGAGGAGAUAAAACCGCACCUAGUGAAGAACAAGUUAAAGCUCCACACGGGUGGAGCCCUAAACGAGAACGGCUACAGCGACCUGGAGCCGGCGAGGGAGCCCCGGAGGGACGGCCGCGCCCAACUAGACCCAGGUGCUGCCUCUGAUACUCGCCAUCGGGCGGCGGCGAUCUCCAGAGCCUACUCGCCAACGCGGCCCGAGGCAUCAAAAGCGCCGUGUCCCAAGCCGCCCUUGCGAACCUGCCCAACAAGUCCGACCAAUCUUCAUAAUUUACCGCAGACUCGCCGUCGGCCGACGGCGAUCUCCAGAGUCAACUUGCCAGCGCGGCCCGAGGCAUCGAAAGCGCCGUGUCCGAAGCCGCCCUUGCGAACCUACCCGACAAGUCCGACCGAUCUUCGUAAAUUACUGCAGUUGCCCGAAGAUAAUAAGAUGCAGCCACCCAUUCGGAGAGUCACCGCCCGUGAACACUCACCACCCACACUCGCUAAAAACUAUCCAUGGAACGUACACGAGUUAUCAAAACCGCCACUCGUUCAGAAAACGCCCCUGCAGAGACCGCCAGCGCCACCGUUGACCCAAACCGGCAAAACACAUCAACGGACCGUCCCAAAUUCAUCGAAACGGAUGCUGGAAGAUAUGGGGACGCGACCACGUGGCCGGAGGGUGCUUAUGCCUUUGCCUUCACCAUCACAGUGUACUUUUACAUUAUAUCCACAAAAUAUCCCCAAUAAUAAAAAAAAGAAAGCGAGCAGCAAUCGAAAAAAAAGAAAACGUGCGAGAACACACAGAACGACGCAGAUUCCUUCAUCAUCAGUCCCACCUCCAAAGCGUGUUGCGCGCCCGUGUUGCACCGCCUGCGCCUUAGUUAAGGCCCAAACUGUCCCGAUCCCUCAACUUCCUGUUGCUAAAUUUACUCCAUCGAAACCGCCUUCUAACAACAAGGCUACUAAUUUUCCACGCUGGCCCGCGCCCGAAUCUAAAUUCCCACAUAAAUUUCCCACGCGAGAUUGUGCUGUUUUCACCGACUUGCCUUUCUAUACCACAAGCAUCUCACCAGCUGGCGACAUACCACUGUCUCUGGUUGCUGAACAUCCCUCUUCUGCCUCGAAAUUUCGUACCAUAAAUUCGAGGUAUGACCAUGCUAGGACUGCGAUAUCUCCAUCACGUUUUAGGCAAAAGUCUCCUUUCUUGCUUCAUGGUGCUCGUUUAUUACCGCCUCCGCUCCACGCUAAAUGUCUCGCGCCCCCCGAACAUCCUAUGGCAUCGCCACGAGAAAGUCAACCUGUCUCAAGAACUUUAGCACACGCACCUUCUACAGACGAGAGGUGGUUCCUCCGAGUUAUUAAGGAAUAUACGAGAUCCCAAAAUCAAACAAAACCACCAUUAUCACCAAUAAAGGAGCCUACACUGCCGUGUCAUGAUACAAAAUCCAGCAGGCGUACCAUCACCAUUCAAAAUGAAAACAAAUUGCUAUUGGAAGAUAAAAGGUCGUUAUUCUCUAAGGAAUUAGUAGAUUUAAUAGGAAAUAAGUAUGACGAGAGAUUGAGAGUGCUGUAUGAGACUCCAUGCCGACAGGAGUCGCAAUCAUCAGUAUUGUGUUUGGUGGGGUCUCGGAAAAAAAGAAUGAAAUGCACACCCAAGAAAAUGCCGUGGAAGUAAGGUUCGUGUACUAAGGGUGGCUGUAAUUAAGCAAGUUUGUCUAUCUGUAACGUUACAUAGUGUCCAAACUAA